UCGCGUAAAUACCGUAUCUACACAUAGGAGCACGAACUACAUCGCUGAUCCAUACAGAAACGCAUUGGAUGUAAACUAAUAUCCACGAUUGUGUACUAGCUAUAUGAAGCAGCUUGCAGCUAUUUUAUCGUGUUUCGAAGUGAGAAAAAACAUGGAAGAGAAAACAUUAUUCUUUUUUCGUGAUUUGGAAGAGUUUAAUUCUCAGGAUUUAUACUCUCUUCGAGAAGAAAUACCAUCUGGGAACAACUCGGAGGUUGAUGAUUGUUCUGAUGAUGAGUUACUUCAAGGGAAUGAUGUGGAAAUUGGGAAUGACUUGAUUGACAUAAAUUCUCUCGAUAUCGUUUAUGCGGACGAUCUUUUAGAAAUUGAAAAUUGUGUUGUACAUCAUUCCAAUAAUUCAAUGAAUGUAGCUGCAGAUCAAGAUUUAUGUAGCAGCGAAGAUGGAAUUGAUUUGAAUACUGUCAAGCAAAAAAUUUCACGGAAUAAUACGAUUUGGACAAGUGAAAACUCGUACUGCCCACAAAAUAAAAAAGAGUUCAACGAAUCUUAUGGACUGUUUCAAAAUUUUUUUCAGAAUUUCAUACGAAGUAGAUUUUUGUAUUAGGUUUCAUCAAAAAUAAUAAUAUGAUUUACAUUG